AUGGACGCACCGAUGGACGCCACCUCCCUUGAGACCAUCGAGCUCUUUGAGUCCCGGGUGCACCGCCUCGAGUAUACGCUAUAUGGAGAGGCGACACCGGAGCACCAGACAGCAGAGGAUGCAACCAUCGCAGAAAAGCUCGAGGACCUGGAGAGGCGGUUUGCAUCUCUCGUUACGCAUGUGCCGGAUCCAGCUCAAAGCGCGGGCCUAGUCUCCCAGAUGGAAAGAAUGAAAGCUCUCGAGGUAACCCAGUUAGCUCAGGCAGCGGACAUUGCAGAGCUUCGAAUUAGAAGCGAGGAGGUUAUCCGCAGAUGGUACGAGACAAAUGCUCUGACACCCUCUGACUUCAUCGCGGAAAUGGAGCACCGAGUCUCACGAGUCGAGAGGCUAGUGCGACGAGCGGAGCUUGAGGAGGAUUCCUUAUGA